AAGUUGAACUGAACGCGGCGCCACAACAAAGCGAGCGGAGGGGGUCAGUGUUGUCGAUGUGUCGGAAUUGUCCAUCGCAGGCUAAGAGGAGGAGGGGUGCGUGCUAAGUUUGGGCAAAGGACAUCAUCAUCAGCAGCAGCAGCAUCAUCAGCAGCAUCGUCGCUGCGACUCAAACGCCCGGUGGCCGGGCGAGCCAGCAAGGCGAAUCCUUCUGCCAACAUGCUACAAGAAGUUCGAGUGGUCCCAGAGUCUGGAACAAAAUCCAGAAGCAAAUCGGUCUCGGACAGCUCGUACGAGAUGUUGCGAUGCGAUGAGUGCCUUAGCCCAUGCUCUCCCAACGUCGAGUGUCAUCGGACGGAAGAGUUUGGAGUGGAAUACGACGACUUGCCUGAGCUACAGGAGGCAAGAGAGAGCAGGACCGUGUCGGCAGCAUUUCCCCUCGACUCGGGCGUCUCUCACUGUGAAAUAGUCACCACGGCGUCAGAGAUCGCGCACUGCUUCAUUGCGCGCUCGUCGUCAUCGUUGUCACAAGGGAUGCACCCCUCCGUCACGAUAACGGAGUGCUUUGUGAACAACGCGUCCGGGCCCUGUCUCGCGAAGGCCGUUCACGGCCCGGACUCGGUGGCACAGCCCUGCGGAAGUGGAGGCAGUGGCACAAACUGGCUGACGGAGCUGGCAAACAUAGCCACCGGUCCCCAGAGCCCGCUUCUACAGAGCACGUCCAUGUGCAGGUCCCAGCCUGUCUCCCAUGUGAGCAGUCAGAACUUGCACUCGUACGCACGGCCUCCACCUUUAACUCUUCACCAUUUGUCUACUCCUGCCCGGCGGCACAGUGUCAAAAUGGAGCAGUCUGGAGAGGAUCCAGAGCCUGGCUUGAUCUCAAUCUCUCCUCGCUCCUCGAUAUCGGAUGAUGAUGAGCUGGGAUGGUCUCACACAUGGCCUACGACCGCUUGGCACUGUUUCCUUAAAGAAACGAAGGUAAUAUUCCACGUGGGGCCCAAGGCCGAGUGGCAGAGUGUGGAGGAGGUGGCCAGGCAGGAAGAGGCGGGGCGUCUCAAUGGAAAACCGCACUGCCAGCGUGCAGGAAGAGCAAAGCUUAUUUUGAAUUACGGGGUUGAUGGUCUGACACUCAUCAGUCGGGAGGAGUUUAUUUCCAGUGGACAGUCCCUCAUGAGGUUGUCCUUUGACCCUGGCAAGCACGAUCAGCCCAAACUCACUGCAGAUUGCUUCCUGGAUCACCCGUUUUUUGUAAAGAAGAAAGGAUGGGCGUCCUUCCACCCAAGCCUGACGGUAAUAAAGUACGGCAUACCCUGCAGCGACAUGGAAGUCAGAGACGUCUGCCUGCCUCCUGACCACCCUCUCGCUCAAAGUUCCGCGGAUUCGGGCGUGUUUGAUGCUUUUAAAAGCUUCGACUUCACGCCCAUGGACUCGUCGGCGGUGUACGUGCUGAGCAGCAUGGCGCGCCAGCGCUGCGCAUCACUCGGCGGCCACAGCUCGGGCUCCGGCGCCGCCGCCGGGGCCACAGCCCCCGCGACGCCGAACACGCCGAUGCGGAACAAGCGGCCAAUGAACGCCUUCAUGCUGUUUGCCAAACGCUUCCGCGUCGAAUACACCAAGAUGUACCCGGGCAAGGACAACAGGGCCGUCAGCGUGAUGCUCGGGGAGCGGUGGAAGCGGAUGAAACCGGAGGAGAAGCUCGUUUACGAGCUGGAGGCAAAGGCGCUCGCGGAUGAGCAGAAGCACCUCAAUCCGGACUGCUGGAAACGCAAGCGCACCAACUCGACCAGCCAUCAAGAAAGAUGAAGAGGAAAAAUAAAAUUCCCCGAUGAUGACUGGAACACCACAGAUAUAUAUAUAAAUAUUACACCUAAUACUUUGCUUUUUAAAAAAUGUGCAAGUAUAAAAAUCAAAGUUACAACUCGUUUUUCUUACACAUAGUCCCUAUUUUAAAGAUAUUUUUCUUUUUUAACGGUAUGUGUUUGACCGGACGUGCUGCGUUUGCGCGAGAGGCACAGGCCACGAGCGUCCGGUUUUACGUAGACAGCAGGGUCUGUUCGUUUUGCCUAUUCGAGUUUGUUGAUUGACACUUUCAGGUAUACUUCUGAGCCUCCAACGCAAUUAGUAAACCAAAAUAACUCUAAUCAGUUAGAAAACUUACAUAAUAGUCCGCUGUAAUGCUAGUACAUUCUAUAGUACAACAAACGUGUGCAUGCAGCAUAAACAAAGAUGAGUUUGCCACGAGUGUUUUUAUUUUAUUUCCUUAUAGGGGGCACGUCACUGGCCAAUACAAUUGCCCAAGCCAUCGUGGCCGAGCGCUUUGGAGAGAUUCGAACAGCCAGAGCAGACUGGAAGAUGCUUGGAAAUGGCCUGGGAUAGGAUCAUUUAAUUGUUGUUCUUUUGAAUAGGUUUGGACUGCAAAACGAACAGAUCUAGUUUGUGCCCAAGGCUCAAAACAGACUUAGACCUUAGCACACGUUGUUGGUAGAGCCGAAAGUGUAUCAUGUGUCCACCACUAGAAUUCUACUUCAGGUAAAUUUCAUAGUAGAGUCUACUAUAACGAAUUGUAAUCUAAAAAUAUAUAAAUAUAUAUAAUUUUAAAUGUGCCUUAAAAUGUUAAGCGGUGCCUAUAUAUAACAAUAUUAGUGUGGUGCUAUUGACUAAUCUUCGCAUUGUUGGAUAAAGAUUUACGGAUGGCAGAACGGUAUUGCUCAAUGUUACCGUCUCUGAUAGUGUAAUAGGGCAGAUUUAUGAGAGUGCAAGUAUUAGCAUACAGUUCUAUCCAUGUGAACCCACGUUUUUAAAAAAAAAUCUUCAGGAAUACAUCGAAUAGCUGUUGUUAUUUUUGUACAUUUUUAAAUGGGACAGCAAGGCUGUGUUCAGUGCGUGCUUGAUUUCUGGCAUUUAAGCAACACUGGUUUCGAUUCCAUCGCGUAACGAUGGAUGUUAAAUGUCAUGAUCGCAGCCCCAAAUCUAACAAAGGUUUACAGUUAGUACUUUAACCUGCCACAACAUGCCUGCAGUAAAGCGUAGGGGGUCGUGAAAAAAUGUUGGGUGAAAAGCCUUCAAAUGAUAACUCGUCUCGGCUUCCUUCAUUAGGCCUUGUUCAAUACUCGUAUUCUGAAAAGGGUAGUAGUUAAGACUGCAGUCUACCGUGGGCAUGUCUAAAUGCCAAAGAGCUUUGCACUUUAAAAAAACAUUAAACUAUGAUAGAUUCAGAGCUUCACUUAUGCAAUAUAUAUCUGUUCAGAAUUGUGUGACUUCACUAAUUUGUCAAACCACAAUGGCUGUCCUUCCAGUUGCAGCCCGUCGUGAGAAACGUUGCACAUUGUAGACAAUUGUUUAUUAGAUGUUGCUUCGCAUUUUAUCUUUCUUGUUUAUAGCAUCUUUUAGUAAAACUGGCUUAUGGUACAGGGAUCGCACAAAUGCAGGUUUCAUUUUAGCAUGUUUGACUGUUUCACAUUAAUUUGCCCAGCAUAAUUUUGCAUGCAUGUAAUGGCCUUAGGUUUAUUUUGACACUGGCGUUCAAUUCAGAACCUUGAUUUCCAGACAUGAUUGCAGUAGCAGUUAAUUCAAUCUGUAAGUGAAAUCGGCUCACUUGUCUGGAUGGUGUAAAAUAUGCACAUCCUUGUAUCAAAAAUUGUAAGCGUUUUUUUCUGUUUAAACGAGUGCGACCCCUGUAUUAUGUGGGAUAUAUUACUUUACAGAAUUUCUAGCACUUUGAAUAAACUUUUUUGCCAAAAAAAGACGU